CAGUUUACUGAAUUGCCGUGUUGGUGUACAUGUCGCUUUAUGGGAGUUUAGGUCACCUUCGAUGACGCAGCAAUCUACUUCUCUGCAGAACAAUGGCAAAAUCUGGAGGAAUUUCAGAAGAAAAUCUACAAGGAGCUGAUAAAGGAAAUCUACGAAACGAUGAUUUCAUUGGGAUAUCGAAUCCCAAAGCCAGAAAUCGUUUCUCGGAUUGAGCGAGGGGAAGAGCCCUGUUCUGAAUACUGCAGGAAAACAAAGCUCCCAGAAUCACAGCCUGAGGGUGGAACUGUUGGUAGCAAAGAUUCUGAACCAGUGAUUAAAACUGAGCCACUGUCUCCCACCAUUUGUGAGCCGCCACGACCGGUGGAAAUUUCUUCCAGCCAGGAGAGAAGCUCCAGGUUGCAAUGUCAGGCCUGUGGCACCUACUGCAACAACCAGUGCGGGAUGAACUAUCAGUGGAAUCCACAGAGACUGUACCACGCCCCCCCAGGAGAUGGGAACCAGGGAAAGCCCUAUGUCGCCCCUCCACCACCAUACUUUAAUGGGAACCCAUCAUCCCAUUGCUUUGUCAGCAGAGGAGAUGGCAUGUCACACCCCACGUCUCCCAGCUACGGGAACGUAGUGAUGAACCCCCUGUCUCCUCACUACACAGGCUAUCGCACGGUCGCAGAACCCAUCUCUCCAUAUGCCUUGAAUGAGAGGAUGGGCAAUCCGAUGUUUGGCACGUAUGAAAGCAGCCAUCAAGCCCCUCUGAACAGCGCCGGCAGCAGUGUGGCGAAUGCUGAGCAAGAAAACCGUAACAGACGAGAACAUUUUAUGCGUGAGAACGCUCACGCUAUGCACCCCCAAAAUGCUCCUUUCCAGGAUCGGAGGAGUGCGGUGGUGCCGUGUCCAGGCUGUGGUACAUUUUGUAACAAUCAAUGUGGGGCUAGCUUGCAGUGGGAGCAGAAGAGGCCGCACCAAGUUCCACCGCAUGUUCUGGACGGGAACAGGUUCGUCUCUCCUUCAAACCCAUAUUUUAAUGGAAAUACAGCAUUACCUCAUCUUCAAAAUGGGAGACCAGGGAUCAGACAUUGCACACCGACAGGAACUACUCAAGGAAAUGUAGGAAUGAUACAGUUAUCUCCUCACUACACUGCGUAUCGCAGGCCCAGCGACCCAAAGUCACCUAAUGUGCUGCCUCCAAGGUCUGAGAAUUCCUCUGGGGCCACCUCUAUGCCUUCAUGUACCAUCGGGGGCAAUGGAGGAGGUGUGCCUACUUAUGUUCAAAGCCAGGGAAACAGGAAUGCAACAUUCCCCAAUGGUGGCAAUCCACGGAGGUCACAAACCAUGUCUCCCUUAGCUGCUAUUGAAACCAUGCCUGUAUUUAGUGGUAACGGAAGCCCCAGUGUCCAUAAUGAGCAGAGAAUGAGACACCCAUCUCCAGCAGUGACCAGUAGUGAUGGUAGCAGAGAGAGGGGGACUGUGCCAAAGCAAUACCAAAACACUGCUAGAAGACCAGACCACUGGCGCCACUCAGGCCAAGGGAAUCCUUCUCUGGGCAGAAGUGUACAACAGAUUGGCCAGUCUCAAGCCAAUAAUGGUAAACCUGCAUAUCAUAAAACAGGAGAAGCUGUUCGUGACAAAAGCCCCUCUACAACGGUUAUACCAAACAGUCAGCUUGCCAGGAAUGCAAAACAAUCACCGUCACCUAUCACCAGUCAGGAAUCUAGCAGAGUGGUGGUCACUGCAAGUCUAUGUGACGUCGGUGUGAAACGCGUUGGCCCUCCAAUUACAUCAGAUAGUGCCCUGCCUGUUAAGAGAGCCAGCCCACCCAUAAUCAUCAUCGACAGCCUAGAAGAAACUGAUAACCCUUCCCAAAACAACGCAAUCAAUAGCCAGAGCACUGCCCGUUCGACUCCACCUAAUUCCAAGCUUGGGAACCCUAUUUCUGCUUCAGCCAUGCCAAGUGGGAGUCAAGACACCCGGAAAACACAACUUGAAAAUAAAGACGGAAAACUUGUGAAACGACCCCCACCUCCAAUUACCAUCAGCAGUAUCAGAAGUGCUGGUGUGUUUAUCCCUCCAGCAUAUAAGGCUAAAAACAUUGCUAGCAAUUUGUCUUCUCCAGUUAUUAUCAUUGAUGAUAAAGAAAGCAGCGAAAGCAGCAGUUUAGUGAACAACACUAAUGAGAUCAGAAGUUUCACAAUUGGAACUCCGCUGGGCACCAACGUCAAACCAGGUUGCCCUCCUACAUUCACUAAUUUCAGAGCAGGAGGGACUCCACCAGUCACUAAUGUCAAACCAGGCGGGACCCCCCCAGCUACUAAUUUCAGAGCAGGAGGGACUCCUCCAGUCACUGCUAAACCAGCUGGGACCCCACCAAUCACAAUUGUCAGACCAGGUGGGACUCCUCCAGUCACAGCAGGUGGCACUCCACCAGUCACCAACAAUAUAACAGGUGGGACUCCCCCAGUCUCCAGUGGAGCCACAUCUUUCCUUAGUAAAAUGCAGACUCAGAGUGUUGCACAAGGCAGUCCUGUUGUGGUGAAUAAUUUACAAAUGCAACAAUCUUCUAACAUUAUUGUGGCCGGUAAUCCUGGCCUUGGUAAUUCGACUCUUCCUGGAAAUCAAAACAUUGUGUUAACAUUUCCUGUUACUGUUGGCAGUUCCGGAAUUAUGCUUGCAACUCCUGUGAAUUUUGCUGACAACCAGGGCAUGAAGCCCAUUAACAGAGUGCCAAUUAGCAAGAACCCAAGACUUGUGCAAACCAAUACCAUUCCAUUGAACCCAAGGCCUGGUAAUGGGAAUGCCAAGUUUGCUCCAGUAGCAAUGACCUCCAUAAUAGGUCCUAAAGUUUCCAGUCCAUCUGGGCAAGCCAAGCCUAUAACCAUCGGUGUUAAUCCACAAACAACUAGUCUUGCCAGAAAUCUGAAUUUCAAGAAUACUGAAGUCCAGAAGGUCAACACCGGAGGCCUUAAAUCUGUGCCUGUGACAGCUAGCGGAAAUCAACCCGUAGGACAAGCAAUUCCUCUAUUUGUUGAUGCAAAUUCAAGAUUUAUUCUCACUGCUCCUUCCAAGGAUUCUUCUGGAAUAGGCAAUGCUACUGUAGUGACGGUCAACGGCAAUGUUGUUGGUGGGAAAUUGGCUUUUAGGAACCUUACUCCAGUUAAUGUAAAUGGUGGUCUGGGUAUUGGUAACACUACAAUUUUCACAGUUGAUCGUUCGUUAGGUAUUGGAAAUGCUGCUCCUGUGGCACUCUCUAGCAAUGCUACCGCUGUCCAUAAUAAGGGAACUUUAAAUGUCAACAACCCUCAGGUUUUGACUGUAAAUAAUGCAGUGGGCUUGGGCAAUGCUGGGACAGUUGGGAGUGUUAAUUCGGUUAACCCAAGCAGUGUUUCUCAGACAUCUUCUGCCAAAUUUCUCAGCUUUGAUCAGCAAAGCAGUGGUAUCAUAAUACGAAAGGUUGGUGACAGUAGUCCCCAGUCAAAAAUCCCACAGACACUGGCCAAUACAGAACAUCAAACUGUUAUGGUAGACAGACUUUUUAAGUGUAACCGAUGCGAGGAAAGGUUUAGUAGCCUUGAAAAUGUGACCGCUCACCAGAAGGUGCAUGAAGACACAAAUUCCACGGUGCAAAACUGUGAUGAUGGACAUGCCAAAGAAUCGUCAGAGACCGAUGGGUCGGGAGGAGCUGAUGGGUCUUCUCCAACGAUACUUUACACGACCCAAGGUGACGACGGCAGCACAGUAUAUGUAGUUACUGUGUAGAUCUGCAAACCUGUUCUUUGAUGGAAACUGCAAAGUAUUAAUGUUCCAAAUUUGUGACUUUUAUUUUCCCUUGUUUUGAGACUUUACACUUCAUUUACAAAAUUAUAUAAAAAUGUGUAAGUUGAGGUUUAUUAUACGAAAAGACGAUUUUACUUAUUCACUUUUAAAAGUGUUUCUUUACUGGGUUAUCAAACAUACCAGCUGACAAACCUUGCUUUCAGCGAGUGAGUGUGUUACUCAUUCUGCACGCCUCAAACCGUACCAUCGGCAUUGGACCUGGAAGAUCAGCAAUUUCUCAAUGUUUUGACAAACUGCACUACAUAAAGAUGUAAAUCACUUUUUUUUCUUUUUUUUUAUUAUAUAUAUGUAUGGGAAAAAUGUUGUAUAUAUUACAAAAGUAGAAAUGGAGCCUUUCUAAACCUCAAAAAUAUUUCCUAGAACCUGUAUUGUUUAAUUUUCUGAUUUUACUAACGUGGGGCGUUUUUAACAUUAUUGCUUCCUCCCGGUCGCAAAUUUGCUUUUAUCACCAUUAGCUUGGGCAUGUUAAAGGACAACUGUCGCCACAAAACAAUUUUUUAUAUAAUCAUCCUUUCGUCAAGUUUGGAAAAGAAAUUUAAAAAAUAUUAAAUAUAUAAAUAAAAUGUAUGUUUUUAAAUGAAUUGUAUGUAAAGGAAAUUAGGAAAGA